ACCAAAGACCUGAAGUUCGCGAUCAGAUCGCUUGGAUUCGAGCCGAAGAAGGAGGAGAUAAAGAAAAUGGUGGAACAGAUCGACCGAAACGCGAGUGGAUUCAUAGGCUAUGAGGACUUCCUGUCGGUGAUGGCCAAGAGGUUGGCCGAGAAGGACACGAACGACGAGAUAAUGAAAGCGUUUUCGUUGUUUGAUUGCGACAAAAGCGGAACCAUUUCGUUGGAUAACUUGAAACGUGUGGCCAAAGAGUUGGGCGAAACCAUCAGCGAUGACGAGCUCAAGGAAAUGAUUGUCGAGGCGGACAGGGAUGGCGACGGACUCGUCAACGCCAAUGAGUUCCUCCGCAUUAUGAAGAAGACCUGUUUGUACUGA